AUGGAAGCUACAUCUAAAUACAGAAGAUACAGAAAGGGUGUUUCCUCUCCCACAAACACUGCCAUGCAUGAUGGUUGCUAUUCUUGCACAAACAUUUGUAGUUCUCAGCCUAAUGGGGAAGCUAAAGUUACCUGCAGAGGUUGCAAAGCAGAGUUUCCAGUGCCUUCAAGGACAACCUCAUACUGUUGCCCUGUAUGCCAUAAUGUUUGUUAUUCAACUUUGCAACAUGGGAAAUCUAGGGAAGAAGGUCAAAUAUGCUGUCCAGUGAAGAAAAUUGGAACCAAGUUGUUCAAACUUGGUCAUCUGAAUAGUGCCAACAAAAAUGGAAAUUUGCUUAGUAGUUCAUCUCCUUUAGUGGCCUUUUCCUCAUCCUUGUCUUGCAGAUAUAACAAGCGUGCGGUUCUCUGUGGAGUUUCUUACAACAAAAGGAAAUUGAGGCUCAAGGGAACUAUUAAUGACAUUAAGAACAUGAGGGAGCUGCUGAUUAAGAAUUUUAAGUUUCCGAAUGAGUGCAUACGAGUCCUCACAGAACAAGAGCAGAAUGCCAAUUUAAUACCAACAAAACACAACAUAUUGGAGUCCUUAAGGUGGCUGGUGAAGGACUGUCAGGAAGGAGACUCAUUGGUGUUUUACUUCUCAGGACACGGUUCGCAACAACCAGAUUUCAAAGAAGAUGAAAUUGAUGGGUUUGAUGAAACUCUUUGUCCUGUUGAUUUUAUGAAUGAAGGAAUGAUUGUUGACAACGACAUAAACUCUACCAUUGUUUGGCCACUCAAGAAUGGUGUAACACUUCAUGCUAUUAUUGAUACUUGUCAUAGUGGAACAAUUCUUGAUCUAUUGUAUGUUUAUAAUCAUGAAAUUGGCAUUUGGGAGGAUAACAAACCCCCUUCUAAAGAACCUAUCAGAAAACAUACAAGUGGUGGAGUGGCCAUUUGUCUCAGUGCUUGUGAAGAUAGUCAAACAGCUGCUGAUAGCACAGUUUUUGGUGGAAAGGGAAUGAAUGGUGUUCUGACUUAUCUAUUCACAAAAACAAUUAGAGAAUACCCUGAAAUAACAUACGGGCGUCUACUAGAAAAGAUGCAUGAGGAAAUUCAAAAGAUUAAGCGAAGCAGAUGCCAUAACCGAAUCUUGCAACGUAUCUUCCAUCGUAGAAUUGCACAGGAUCCUCUUAUAUCAUCAUCUGAGAAAUUUGAUGUUUCUACGACUAUAUUCACAUUGUGA